CAGAAACGGGCGGUGCAUCAUCACCAACAUCAUCACCCCCACGACCACCAUCACCCUCACACUGGACCUGCAAAAGAUCCAGCCGUGAAUAAGAGACUCCCCCAUCGGACUCCGCAUUUUUAGCACCAACACACCAUCGGAUCCGCUGGAAAUGGCAGGGAUUCUGGCGUGGUUCUGGAACGAGCGCUUCUGGCUCCCGCAUAAUGUAACCUGGGCUGACUUGAAAAACACAGACGAUUCAACCUUUCCCCAAGCCGAGGAUCUCUAUCUGGCGUGUCCUUUAGCAUUCUGCAUGUUUAUGAUCCGACUGGUCUUUGAGAGGUUUAUUGCGAGGCCGUGUGCGCUGGGUUUGAAAAUCCAGGCCAAUGGACCGCAGAAAGCUCAGCCCAAUGCAAUUCUGGAGAAGGUCUUCACUGCCAUCACCAAGCACCCCGAUGAGAAGCGGUUAGAGGGUUUGUCCAAGCAGCUGGACUGGGACGUGAGGACAAUCCAACGCUGGUUCAGACAGAGACGCAACCAGGAGAAACCCAGCACACUGGCACGCUUCUGUGAGAGCAUGUGGAGGUUCACGUUUUACCUGUACAUAUUUACGUAUGGUGUACGCUUCCUGAAGAAGAGCCCGUGGCUGUGGAACACCAGAGAGUGCUGGUACAACUACCCCUAUCAGCCAUUAACAGUGGAUCUACAUUACUACUAUGUACUGGAGCUAUCCUUCUACCUGUCGCUGCUCUUCUCACAGUUCACAGACAUCAGAAGAAAGGAUUUUGUGCUGAUGUUUGUGCAUCACGUGUCCACCAUCUCUCUGCUCAGCUUCUCCUAUGUGAAUAAUAUGGCUCGAGUGGGAACACUGGUCCUGUGUCUGCACGACGCCGCCGACGUCCUGCUCGAGGCUGCUAAGAUGGCGAACUAUGUGAAGUGUCAGCGUCUCUGCCCGCUGCUCUUCGUCAUGUUCGCGCUGGUCUUCAUGGGCUCCAGACUGGCACUUUAUCCUGUGUGGAUCUUGAACACCACAGUGUUUGAGAGCUGGGAGAUCGUGGGCCCGUACCCAUCCUGGUGGCUCUUCAAUGGGCUGCUCGUCCUUCUUCAGGCCCUGCACACCUUCUGGUCAUAUCUAAUAGUGCGCAUCGCCUGCCGGGCCAUUUCCAGAGGAAAGGCGGGAAAAUGGAAUCCUUUACAUGUGUCAAAGGACGACCGCAGUGACAUUGAGUCGAGCUCUGAUGAAGACGAGCUUCAUCCUCCGCCGCAGAAACAUCACACUAACGGGACCAACGGGGCCCACGGCACCAACGGCUACCUGUCCUCGUCCCCGUGUCCAGACGAACACUAACUAGCCGGACGUUUCCCGGCUCCCAGCUGCAUCACCUCCGUUGUGUCAAAUCAUGUAUGAACAUUACCAGGCCCGUACUGGAACUUCUCAAUAAUGUGAAUGCGGUUUGUUUUCGGUCGGUCGCUUUUUUCCACGGUUUCCCCCCUGAUGUUUUGUGUUCCGUUCGUUCGCUUUUGUUUUUGUGGACAUUUGUUAUGGAAGCACCUUUUAGAUUCAGCGCGGCUCACUCUUUUGGUUUCGAGCAGAUGAAUGAAAGCGUUAUUUCUUUCAUAAUCACGUGAGCAUGCUCCUGCUGCUGCUGCGGUCAUGUGUUCUGGCAUCAUGGGAAUAGUAGUUUUCUUGGAUUCGUGUCUUUUUGUAUAUUUAUUUAUUUUUUUGUAUCUUUAAAAACUGUGCUGCUUUCUUUUUAUUUUUGAAACAUAAACUCCAUGAUAAGACAACGGUGCUGGAGCCGGUGCUCAAUCUGUGUGUUUACACUAAAGAAGAAGCUUUGGUUUAAAGUCACUGGUCUAAAUCCUGUGCUAUGCAGGCACAACAUAUGAAUGUGAAAUAUCAUGCAGUUGCAUUCAGAAGGAAUAUGCAAUUCCAAAUGCAAACUUUAAGACAAAAUCUCUGGGUGUGUUCACGUUUAACAAGCUUGGUUAAAAAAAAUAACUAUGGUGCAUUUGCUGUGCUCAUGUGGUUCAUUUGAUAAAAUUGUUAACCAGUCACUCCAGGAUUUUGUGACUCCAA